GUGUUCCAUUAUAAUACUAUAUAUUCACUCAUAAUAAUACAAACCAAGUUGAUUGAGUUGCAGAGAUCCAAUGGCUUCCAUCGACUUUUCAGCCAUCCUUUUUGCAUUAUUUAUACCCUUUCUUUUCAUCAUUUUCUCUCGUAUUUCGAGGUGGAAUUUCCAUGGAGUCGUUCCUUGGAAUUGGCCAAUCGUUGGUAUGACGCCUACUGUUGUUGCUCAUAUCAACAGAGCUCAUGAUCGUGUUACUGAAGUCUUGCAAGCAGCUGGUUCCACUUUCUUCUUCAAAGGCGUUUGGUUUUCAGGUAUGGACUUUCUUUUCACUGUUGACCCUUCAAAUAUCCACCACAUUUUGAGUUCCAAUUUCGAGCGUUAUCCAAAAGGCCCUGAUUUCAAGUACAUUUUUGAAGUUUUGGGAGAUGGGAUUUUCAAUUCUGAUUCAGAUGUUUGGAAAAAUCAACGCAAAACUGCUCAUUCUUUGGUCCAUGAUGAGAAUUUUCUCCAAUUCUUGGAGAAAAUUACAUUGAAGAAAGUGAAGGAAGGGCUUGUUCCGAUUCUUGAAAGUGUUUGUGAAAAUGGUUCGGUGUUGGAUUUGCAAGAUUUGUUUCAGAGAUUCUCUUUUGAUUCAACUUGUAUGUUGGUCACUGGCUUCGACCUCAAUAGUUUAUCUCUUCAACUCCCUGAAGUUCCUUUUUCCAAGGCCAUGGAUGAUGUAGAGGAAGUGAUUUUUCUUCGACAUGUUUUCCCUAAAAAAAUAUGGGAAUUUCAUAAGAAACUCCAAAUUGGACAACCUAAGAGGCUGAAACAAGCUUGGGAAAUCAUAGAUGAAACUAUCGCUAAAUUGAUAGCCUCCAAAAGGAAAAGCAUGAAAAAUCAAAUGAAAGAAGAGGCCGAUGAGCAAGGAAUAGGAGUUGAUUUGAUCACAUCAUAUAUUACAAAUACAAAAAACGAUGACGAAUUCUUGAGAGACACUGUUUUAAAUUUCAUGAUUGCAGGAAGAGAUACCCUAAGUUCGGCUCUCUCUUGGUUUUUCUUUUGUCUUUCAAAUAAUCCAAUUGUCGUAGCGAAUAUCAGAGAAGAGCUUAAAACAACGAUUCCAACGAACGAAGUUCGUGAUCAAUUGCGGAUAUUUUCGAUUGAAGAGGUGGACAAGUUAGUUUACUUCCACGGAAGUCUGUGUGAAGCUCUUAGACUAUAUCCUCCCGUCCCACUCCAACACAAGGUGUCAGUACAACAUGAUAUCCUUCCAACUGGUCACCAUAUAAAUCCCAAAACGAAGAUUUUGAUUUCUUUAUAUGCAUUGGGAAGAAUGAGUGAUGUGUGGGGAAAAGAUUCUAUGGAGUUUAAGCCGGAGAGAUGGAUUUCCGAAAAUGGAAGAAUCAAACAUGUCCCAUCUUACAAAUUUUUGGCCUUCAAUGCUGGGCCAAGAACUUGCCUUGGGAAACAAGUGGCUUUCACUGAGUUGAAAAUAGUUGCAGCUGCCAUUAUUCAUAACUAUAAUAUUAUUCAACAAGCAGGGCAUAAGGUUGUUCCAAAUGCUUCCAUUAUUCUUCACAUGAAGCAUGGAUUCAAGGUCAAAGUUACAAAGAGAUGGACUUGAAAGAAGCGAAAGAAAGAUGAAGAAAAUUACAAGUUUCUAGUUUUUUUUAGGUCAAAUUUCAUAUGUCAGGAAUAAAAGAAAAUGUAAAGGAUUUUAAUGUUUUGGUAGUACUUUUUUAUCGACAUGGUUUAAUGAUGCUAUAUACUUAUAUGUUCAUUUGGACAUAGUGUUGUCAGUUGAAGUAUUUGUAAUAAUUUUAAAGUUUUUACUUUUUGGUCUAAAUUGUAAUAAUUUUAAAUAAAUUAGUGAAUGCUACUUUAGAAAUUAAUAAAA